AUUUUUCGUUGCUCUACAACAAACCUACCUAAAGAUUAUAGUAGAACCACAUGGCGUGUAUAAGGUUCAGAAGCCUUCUUCUUGGGCUUCUGCUCUUUUUGGUUGCUCUUGGAGACUCGAUUGCCGAUAACCACCAUGAGAUCAAGAUGGUAGCCAGCAAUAAUCAAGCAACUGGUGCCCAUAUGGUAGUCCAUGACAAGGUCAGGACAGUUGCCACAACCAAAAGCCAAUGGCUGAGAGGAAGGAAGAUGGGUGCAAAAGAGGUGGAGAAGAAACAUGUGGUGGAAGCUAAGGGCCCAGUGAACACACGUGCAAACCUUUCUGCUGGAAAAUGUGAUCAUGGAGGGAAGAGGAAGGUGAAAUUAGAGAGUGGGCUGAGAGCUCGAAGCAUCCCUUCCAGGGUCAAAUUUGCUGAUAUGAUACCUUUCAGUUCUGAUUACCGUGCCCCCAAAACCCACCCCCCAAAGAACAACUGA